AUGAACGAACCUUCCGAUGCAGCGCCCGGUGGUAUAGGCCGCAGUUUUCAAUAUGCUGCAUAUGGAAGCGAGAUCCCUCUGGGUACCAGGGAGAACAGAAAGCGGUUCCACACUCUCGUUCCAGCCUUGGCUAAAAGCCCGCAGUACAAAGGCAAUUGGACGCACCAAACAGAAGGUCGAACAUGUGGAGUCCGCAACAAGUUCUACUGCCCGAUCGUGAACCUCGACAGGCUUUGGUCGCUCGUCUCCGAGGAUGUGAAGGCGAAGUCGACCAAGGACAAGGUGCCGUUGAUCGACGUGACGCAGCACGGGUUCUUCAAGGUGUUGGGGAAAGGUCAUUUGCCUGAGAACAAGCCUUUUGUUGUGAAGGCGAAGCUUAUCUCCAAGACUGCUGAGAAGAAGAUUAAGGAAGCUGGUGGUGCUGUUGUGCUCACUGCUUAGGUUUAUCGAAAGUUUCUCUUCUCGUUUUGCUUCUAUUGUUGGAUCUUUAAAGAUCUCUUUGUCUCUCAAGUUGUAGUCUUUAGUAAUGGUUAUUAUGACAUUGAGAUGUGCAUGUUUUGAAGAUCUUGGUAUUGAAUACUUGCUAGCAUUUGCUUCGGACAAAUGUUAGAUAGGUGGUUAUAAUACUUGUCUGGAUUGGGUUAGCUUUCAUUU